UUCAAAAUUUCUACCAAUCAUGAGUUCCUCAAUUAAAUUUGGAGAGGAGAACGAAGGUAGUGGAAUACCUUUUUAUGGAAGUGGAAGUAUUCUCCGAACUUUGGGGACAGAACGACGGGCAAUGCAUGGAUAUGGAAACGGAACGCGUAAUAUAAAUGUUGGAGGCAAAAAAUAUACGGUUCGUAGAAGCGAUAUGUUGGCAGAUCCUAGAAGUAAAUUAGCCGAUUGGUUUAGACCAGGAGCUGUUCGUUUAAUUUCAACAGAUAGAGCAGGAAAUGUUUUUAUUGAUUCUGAUUCAAAAACUUUUAGACAUAUUUUGGCUUAUUUGAGAUUUAAAAAGGAGAGAUUUGUUGGGUCUUUAGCACUUCCUUCACUCCCAGAUGAAUUAGCUAAAUUAGUGGGGGAAUGUGAAGCUUUAAAUUUGGCAGAAUUAAAAGAAAUUGCUUUAGAAAUGUUAAAUAAAUAUUUAAGAAUGGAAGAGCAACAUUAUAUGGCUUCUUAUGUUCAAAUGACAUUGCGUGAUUUAGAAGCUUGGCAAUUUGAAAAGGAGCAGGUAAUUUGA